AUGUAGAUGCUCUAACUGGGCAGCCCAUAGAAACUAGAAAGUUCAAAGUAGGAGAGGUGAGGAACUGAGGAGGGCAGCGUGUAACAUCACGUGCAGUGCAGAGCGUUCUGUAACCUCUCCUCCUCCGAAAACCUAAUCCACGUAAAUGCUCAGAUCCUCGUAAGUAACUUCGAAAACCAAUCACUACGACUGAAAAAUGGCGGUUCCGGUGGUGCGGUUCCCGAUCUUCCUGACGAUAAGGGUGAUGGGCGUGAUAGUCACCGCUCUGUUGCUGACCUGGACCCUCCAUUACAGAGGAGGCUUAGCUCUCAUUUCCGACAACAAGGACCUCAUCUUCAACGUCCAUCCAGUUCUAAUGGUGAUCGGCCUCCUGCUAUUAAAUGGCGAAGCCAUGCUUGCAUACAAGUCAAUUCCAGGAGCAAGAAGCUUUAGAAAGUUAGUUCAUCUAACAUUACAAUCCCUUGCUUUCUGUUUAAGCAUCAUUGGUGUAUGGGCUGCUCUAAAGUUCCACAAUGAAAAAGGGAUUGACAAUUUCUACAGCCUACAUUCAUGGUUGGGUCUAGCUUGCCUUUUCCUAUUUGGCAUUCAGUGGGCGGCUGGAUUUGCAACCUUCUGGUAUCCAGGUGGCUCAAAAAAUAGCAGAGCGACCUUGCUACCAUGGCAUGUAUACUGUGGGUUUUAUAUUUAUGCCCUUGCUAUUGCUACUGCGACUACUGGUAUUUUAGAAAAGGCAACAUUUCUUCAAACCAGCGGGGUGAUAUCACGCUAUUCAACGGAGGCUUUUCUGGUCAAUUCUUUGGGAGUAUUGAUCGUUGUCCUCGGCGGUUUUGUUGCUCUUGCAGCUGUUACCGAUGGGCAUAGUUGAUGCCCACAGAGAGACCAACAAAUUAGCGCCCAAUUCGAAGUGGCCAAGAGGUGUAUUUUUAUUCGACAUGUAAUAAAAGGGCUACUUAUUUGUUACCAAAUGGGUGUGUUGAUCUAGAAAACCUAGGAAGUUAUCGGUUUUCUCCUGGGACUCGCUUGGGAACAAAGGAGGCUUGGUGAGCCUUGGUCCCCUUCUUUUAAAUGUUAUUGUGCCACGUAGAAAUGAAGUUUGAUGCACGUCCUGACUGUCA